AUGGUAGAAAGCCUCACCGCACGUUCCCAUAUUGUACUCGAACUGGUAUACUUUACACCCGAACGGGAAUAUCCAGUGACACCGGCUGCUAUUUCAGAGGGUGUGGAAGUUCUUAGAUCCCUCCUCGAAUUCAAAGCGGAUUUAUAUGAUCUUGACAAACGGCUGAGCGAAUGCGAUGCAGUUGAUCUACGCGGUAGUAGGCCUUCUUUGACGGAGCUAGUCAGCACAGCUAUACCAAUAUUUGAAAAAACGGUGAGGCCCCUCGACCUGUCUAUAUCAGCGGAUAACGAUACUAUCGAGUUGGCCCUUUCUGGACCUCACUUGCGUUGGGAGACCACUGGCUUAUGCCUUACCCAAAUCGGAUCAUAUAUCCCAAAUCUUCUUGCCUCUUGGGUAGUUGAGCUUCAACCGGCAAAAGGCUAUGAUCAGGGUAUUUGA